ACGACGUUGCUAUCUGCACCGAGAGCCGCACAGAGCUACGAGAGGCACUCCUGUUGUGGAAACAGCAGUUACAAGCCGGUGGCCUAAUAUUGAGUGUUGCGAAGACACAUUACAUGUCUUUUAAUGACCCAGAUCCAGGUGACAACAGUCCGAUUUCCAUUGACGGUCAACUUGUAAACAUGUGCGAUCAAUACAAGUAUCUGGGUACUAUGAUGCACAGAUCUGGAAAUUUAAAAUGCAACAUUCAACACCGAAUAGCCGCAGCGUGGCUAAAAUGGCGAGAAGUAAGUGGUGUCACCUGCGAUAGGAGGAUGCCCGUUAAGCUCAAGGGUAUGAUCUAUAAGACUAUAAUAAGGCCUGUUCUUAUGUAUGGCAGCGAAACAUGGGCGGCAACCAAAAGGAACGUACAUACCAUUCAAGUUGCUGAAAUGAAAAUGCUGAGGUGGAUGUGCGGCGUGACUAGGCUCGAUAAAAUCCGCAACGAGUACGUGCGUGGAAGUCUAGGUGUACGGGACAUCGCCGACAAGAUGCAGGAGAGUAGGCUGAGAUGGUAUGGUCACGUGAAAAGGAAGCCACCUGACUACGUCGGAAAUUUGGCGCUACUGCUCGACCUCCCCGGUCGAAGACCUAGAGGCAGACCCAAGACAAGGUGGAGGGACGUAGUGCUGAAGGACAAGAGAGAAUGCAAUGCUGCUGACGAGGAUGUCGAAGACAGAGCGAAGUGGAGGAGUAAAGUCAGGAAAGCUGACCCCACCACCAUGUGGGAUAAAUAGCUGGGAAGAGAGAGACUUAACGGUAGGCAGCGGCUUAGCUCUCUCUGGGGUUGCUGACGUCCAUGGGCAACGGUAUCCACUCAUCAUCAGGUGGGCCCCAUCUGCCUACAAAG